AUGUCCACCCUCGAAGAUCUCGAUGACUUGGAGCGCGAUGAGAAAGAACACAAGAAGGACAAUGAUGAGAAGGACAAGAAGCCCACUGAUGGCGACUCAAAGGAUGCCGAGAUGAAAGAUGCAGAGGCCGGCAAGAAGGAAGAAGAAGAAGACUACAUCGACGAGGAAGUCCUCCAUUCCAAUACCAGAGACAUCAUCAACCGCCGGCGGUUACUUGAGAAUGAAUUAAAGAUUCUGAAGAGCGAGUUUCAACGGCUGAAGCACGAAGAAACCACGAUGAAGGACAAGAUCAAGGACAAUCUGGACAAAAUUGAGCAGAAUAGACAAUUACCGUACCUCGUUGGCAAUGUCGUCGAGCUUCUCGAUCUGGAUGUCGACGCCGAGGCCGCCGAGGAAGGCGCCAACAUCGAUCUUGAUGCCACUCGAGUAGGGAAAUCGGCCGUAAUCAAGACCAGUACUCGACAAACCAUCUUCCUUCCGCUGAUCGGCCUGGUGGAUCACAACAAGCUCAAGCCUGCCGACCUUAUUGGCGUCAACAAAGACUCCUACCUUGUCCUGGACACGUUGCCGGCCGAGUACGAUUCAAGAGUGAAGGCUAUGGAGGUGGAUGAGAAGCCGACCGAAAAGUACACCGACGUCGGUGGUCUUGACAAACAGAUUGAAGAACUCGUCGAGGCGGUGGUAUGGCCAAUGAAAGAGGCCGAGAGGUUCAAGAAGAUUGGCAUCAAGGCCCCUAAAGGUGCUUUGAUGUACGGACCACCCGGGACGGGCAAGACCCUUCUUGCUCGUGCGUGUGCCGCCCAAACCAAUGCCACUUUCCUCAAGCUUGCCGGUCCUCAACUCGUCCAAAUGUUUAUCGGUGAUGGUGCCAAACUUGUGCGAGACUGCUUCGCGUUGGCGAAGGAGAAGGCCCCGUCGAUCAUCUUCAUUGAUGAGCUGGAUGCUGUCGGCACGAAACGUUUUGAUUCAGAAAAGAGCGGCGACCGUGAGGUGCAACGGACCAUGUUGGAGCUGCUCAAUCAGCUUGAUGGUUUUGCCUCGGACGAGAGAAUCAAAGUUCUUGCCGCAACCAACAGAAUCGAUGUUCUUGACCCUGCUUUGCUCCGAUCCGGUCGACUGGACCGAAAGAUUGAGUUCCCUCUGCCCAACGAAGAGUCACGGGCCCAAAUUCUUCGGAUACACUCUCGAAAGAUGACCAUCGACGAGGGCAAUAUCAACUGGGGAGAGCUGGCGCGGUCGACCGACGAAAUGGGAGGUGCACAACUGAAAGCCGUAUGCGUGGAAGCAGGGAUGAUUGCACUUCGCAAAGGACACUCCAAAAUCCUCCACGAGCAUUUCGUUGACGGCAUCAACGAGGUGCAAGCGAAGAAGAAAGACACGUAA